AUGAGAGUCAAGCUGGCACUACUUCCACCUUUCGCUUCGGCAAAACUGAUUCUACCGGUACCAGAAGGAUGCAAGACCGUACAUGAUCUGAAAAAACAUAUCCUGGGAUCCAUCUCGGUAGUUUCUCAACAUGUCUCCAAAGCUAAGGAGUUGGUUUUGGAGAUAGAUGGGUUUGAACUCCUGGCGGGGAGUCAAGUAGGAGUGAUCGAGAGUGGCGACGUAGUCUCGGUGAGGUCAGCACCUGGAAGCUCGAAAGUCCAAGUAGAUCCGGUUAAAAAUCAGAAGCGCAAAGCUCGUGACAAAAGCGAAGAUAGUGAUAAGAUCAGGAAGAAGCGAAGGACAUCGACCAGCAAGACGCCCCAGGUCAAUAUCAGCUCAACUACACGACCGCCUAUCGUCUCUUCCGUUCCACCACCAUCACAAGCUAUCCCACCACCCACAGAUCCUAUUCCUGCGAAACGUGCAAGAUCCCUUUCGUCUUCAUCAUCCUCAUCCAGUGCUAGCUCCUCUUCCUCUAGCUCCUUCGACUCACGCUCGGAUUCAGAAUCAUCAUCAACUUCUUCUUCUUCUUCUUCUUCUUCUUCCUCUUCAAGUUCAUCUUCAAGUUCUUCAAGUUCAAGUUCAUCUUCGUCCCCGUCGAGCCAUUACCCAGUCCUAUCAAAGUCAUCUGAUGGCAGUUCACGAGUUCCUCCAGGUGAAGGUAAAUCGUCCACCAAGAAUCGGAAUGCCCGUCGUCGACUAGCCAAACAAUACAAGAAGAAACAGAUAAGUCAACAGCCACCUCGUGAUAAGCGGACGAGUGAAAGUGUCGUCGAAGCUGUGACGGCGACUGCAGCAAUUGUUAGUCCGGGAGAGCAACAGAUACCUGUUCCCGGUAGUAUGUCAAAUAGGAAUAAGAAGAAAGGGUUUUUGAGUGAUAUGAAAGAUAAGAAGGGCAUCAAAACGGUAUUUAGGGAUAAUAACGAAGAUCAAGGAGAAGACAUAUCGUUUGAGGCGGAUGGAAUAAAAGUGAAACAAGAUCAAUCGGAUCAGGCGAAUGAAAAUAUAGAUGCCGCUUUACCUUUUCAAGAUACGCCUUACGUGGAAGAGCUCGGUGUCAGAAAAGAAGAAAUGGUAAUCCCUUCUCGAAUGGUGGAUUUACCCAGUAACCUAUUUGUGACUUCGGCUGAGUUCCCUAGAGCACCCACUUCGCCCAGGAGGAGUCAGCGCCACAAAAGUUUAGUCGAGGAGGAACCCUCAAACAGUAAUCAAGGUCAAGGUUGGUCUGAUAGGCAGGAGAUAGAGAUGGACGGGGGUGAUGAUGAAGAAGAAAUGAUGAACGCCGAUAUGGGCGAUCCGGAAGAGUCGCUCUGGGAGAGAGUAGAAAGAGAUUUUGAGAUUUUACCUGUUCUGAGUGUGGAUGGCAUUAAAUCAUUGAAGAUCGGAGAUAUGAUUGCUUGCAAGGAACUCGAGCUGGACAUGAUCACCUAUUCACCUGCGUUAGUCACAAAGAUCGCCAAAGCGACGCAAGUGACAGAGGGACAAGUAAAAUUGGAGUGGAUGAAGAAGCCUGUAACAGCAUAUGCGAGGUAUGAGGACGAAGACGCUGUUGGAGUCGAUGAGGUCAUGGAAGAAGAGGAACAGGAGGAAGUAAUACUGGAUCAAGGAGGAGUGGCAGCUGAAAAAUGGAAAGUAGCCCGACGCGAUUUGCAAGAUAGCAUAGCGUAG